AUGUACCACGAGUGUGAGCGACAAAAGUCUUUACACUGCAUCAGUACUAGGUACCCAAAGGGCAUAUUCGUUUAUACAAUCCGUAGCAUAUUUAUCGAAGUUAUCACCCUUUCGGUUCCCCAGCCAGCUUCUUCUCGCUUGGUUCCGCAGAAAUUCAUAUCACUGUUACCAACGUGCUUUAUACUUACCUCCUAGUUUCGAAUCACGCUUGCGACUCCGCGUUCAUGGCCGUCGAGCCCACACCGGAUGGCUCACGGAUCGAACCGUACAUGUCGGACACUCAAGAUAGAGAGGACUCACCGUCCGGUCACCCACCGCAGUUUUGGCUUAUUAUUGUCGCUCUUAGUUUCCUUGCCUUCAUUUCGGCAGUAGAUGUCACUAUCAUCCCUCCGGCAUUGCCAACAAUUACCCAGGAGAUUGGCGGCUCGAAGCAAUACGUUUGGAUCGCCAACUCGUUCGUCUUUGCCUCAACGGUCCCACAGCCUCUUGUCGGCCAGCUAUCCAAUAUCUUUGGGCGCAAAUAUCCCGUUGUCGUGUCGAUCGUUCUUUUUAUCGUCGGCAGUGGCAUCGCCGGUGGUGCGAAGAACGCUGCCACCCUUAUCGCCGGAAGAGCUAUCCAAGGUGUUGGGGCUGGCGGCAUCUACGUCUUAAUCGACAUUGUCUGCUGCGAUCUAGUGCCCCUCCGCGACCGUGGCAAAUAUCUCGGUAUUGUCAAUGCGUGGGCUGGUGUUGCUGCUGGGCUUGGUCCUGUGAUCGGAGGUCUUCUGGCUCAAGCCAACAACUGGCGCUGGAUUUUCUUCCUCAACAUUCCGAUUUGCGCAUUGCCCUUGAUCACUAUUCUUCUCUUUAUGAAGGUCAAGACCGGCGACGGGAUCUCUCAUAGCAUUAAGAAGCUGGAUUAUCUGGGGAAUAUCAUCUUUAUACCCAGCAUAAUUUCUCUCCUUUUUGGUCUAGUUACUGGGGGUAUCGACUACCCUUGGUCAUCAUGGCGCAUCAUUCUGCCACUGGUUCUAGGCAUUGCCGGAUGGAUAACCUUUCAUUUCCAACAACACUUCUUCACGUACGGCAACAAUGCCAGCGUACCAUCGAGACUCUUCAGCAAUCGGACUUCCGUGGCGGGUUAUGCCAUGACCUUCCUAUCUGCUGUUUGCCUCCAAACAUCUGGAUUUUUCCUUCCUAUAUAUUUCCAAGCUGUGGUUGGGACCACCGUCGCGGAUUCCGGUAUUUACUUCCUGCCUACUACUAUCGGCCUACUUUUCUUUGCCGCCAUAGGUGGCGUCCUGCUUAGCAAGUUUGGGGCCUAUCGACCGAUCCACGCAGCAUCGUUCGCCCUCUCCGUUAUUGGCUACGGCCUCUUUACAAUAUUGGGCCAACGCACACCAAAGGUGGCGUGGGCAUUCUUCCAGCUGAUCUCCGCUGCAGGCCUCGGCUCUACGCUGACCACUAUCCUCCCCGCGAUUUUGGUAGCUCUGCCAGAAUCAGACGUGGCGUCAGCAACAGCGGUGUUCUCAUUUAUCAAAACAUUCGGCUUCACAUGGGGCGUGACGAUCGCAUCCAUCAUCUUCAAUGCUGUGUUCAACAACAACCUAUACUCCAUUUCAUCUCCCGCGUUGCGAGAUCAGCUUGCGGACGGUGGCGCGUAUUCUUUUGCGAGCCAAGCAUCAAAUGUCAUCGAUACGGCAGACGAUACUGCCUGGGGCGAGGCGAGGGGGGUAUACAUCAUGAGCCUGAAAGCUGUCUGGUGGUUUGGCCUAGGUAUUAGCGCGGCGGGCCUAUUGUUGGUUGGUAUGGAAAGACACUUUGAGCUAAGCACCGAGCUCAAGACAGAAUACGGACUGAGUAAUGAUGGUCAAGCACGACCAAGUGAGCCAAAUGAAGUGAAGGGCAACGGGACAGUCCAUUGCGACCCUCUGCCUGCCCCUAGCUUGUGAAGCUUAGGUUGAUCUUUCGUUCGAUGGACUGUAUCUUCAUCCUCUGGACUACCUCCUUUAAGAAAAUUCCGACCAAUAAUAACACCAUCAUUGCUUUACUAUGUAAAUAAAUUUUUUUUAACUGGUCGUCAUAGAUACAUGUAUGGGGUACGGUGCAAUAUUGACUAACAACACCCAACACAUUAACGGGAUUUUUAACACUUUAUAGGUAAUCAACCCAACUAUUCAGCGUGACAAGCUCCACAGCUUCAUCUCCAAGUUUUUUCAAAGCCCAGGUCAAAUGUGAAUCGUGAAUCAGCUUUUGGUAACUGAUCCUAUCAAACCGUGGGGAACUUCAUUGGCAGCCGGCUACUUUACAACCCAUAGAGGUUCGAAGUAUUUCCUAUGCCGAAUUAUUCAAUUAAGCAUAGUUAUUUCGCAGUGGUAUAAGCUUCGGCUUGAGGUAGCUCCCUAGUGCCCCAUUAAAUUGGCACGGUGCUGCAGUACUUAGCGACACCGAUGGAUGGGCCAGCUAGGUAGGUAGGUAGUAUGGUAGUGACGGAUCCCUGUCAGCCCUAUAUGAUCCCAGUAGUACCACAGUAAGCGGAACAUGAUCGCAGUCCACCCUUUCAGCCUCCAGAGUCCAGAUCAUUGUAAAUAUCACCAUCAAAGCUACGUAGGUAUCCUUGAGUUAUUGAUAACGGAAAACCGGCUCAGUUCUUGGCGAAGG